GUUAGUUUUUGUUUAGAAGAUAAAAUUAUUGUUAGUCGUGUAAAUAGUAUGGAGUCCAUAUAAAAUUAUAAAAAAGAAAGAGCGAGAAAAAAGAAAAUAUGAAAGACAUUUCAAUUAUUAUUCUCCUUCACACUUUUCUUUUUAAUCCAUUCUCGUUUAAUUUUGGAGACCCAGCUUUCUACUCUUACUCUGAUGGCAUCCUCCUCUUCCUUUUUCUACGAUGUGUUCCUCAGUUUCAGAGGCACUGAUACUCGCUACGGUUUUACUGGCAAUCUUUACAAAGCUCUUUCUGACGCGGGAAUUCGUACCUUCAUUGAUGAUGAGGAGCUUCAGAGAGGGGAGGAAAUCACAUCAUCACUUCUCAAGGACAUCAAAGACUCCAGGAAUGCUAUUAUUGUGCUGUCUAAGAAUUAUGCAUCUUCUUCAUUUUGCUUAGAAGAACUUUCCAACAUCAUUGACCAUGUUUAUAGAAAGGGUCGUUUGGUUUUUCCAAUUUUUUAUAAGGUGGAUCCUUCUGAUGUGCGACAUCAGAGAUGUAGUUACGGAGAAGCAUUGGUUAAUCAUGAAAAGAAGUUCAACGCUAAUAAGGAGAGGUUGCAGAAAUGGAGGACGGCUCUACAGCUAGUAGCUAACUUGUCUGGCUUUCAUUUAGAACAUGGGGACAGAUCAUAUGAGUACGAUUUUAUUGAGAGGAUCGUCAAAGACGUCUCCAGCAAGAUUAAUCGUGUUCCUUUAUCUGUUGCAAAGCACCCAGUUGGACUGGAGUCUCGAGUAGAAGAAGUAAAGUUGCUUAUGGAUAUGGAAUCUGAUGAUAGGGUUCACAUGGUAGGGAUCCAUGGAAUUGGUGGAGUUGGAAAGACGACACUUGGUCUAGCAGUUUAUAAUUCUGUUGCUGAAUAUUUUACCUGCUUAUGUUUUCUUCAAAAUGUGAGAGAAAACUCAAACAGUAAAGGGUUAUCACAUCUCCAAGAGAUCCUUCUUUCUGAAAUGUUUGGAGGGAAGAAAAUUGAGUUUGCAAGUAUCCAAAAAGGAAUUUUAGAAAUACAGAAUAGGCUCCACAGAAAGAAGGUUCUUUUGAUUUUAGACGAUGUUGACAAACUGGAGCAGUUAGAUGCUGUUGCUGGAAGUCCUAAUUGGUUUGGUCCUGGCAGCAGAGUCAUAAUCACGACUAGGGACAAACAGUUGCUAGCAUGUCACAAGGUUGAAAAAAUUUAUGAGGCGAAGGAAUUGAAUAGAAAAGAUGCUCUUCAACUGCUAAGAUGGAAUGCUUUUAAAACUGACUCAGUUGAUCCAAGUUACACCAACGUUUUAAAUCGUGCGUUAACUCAUACUUUUGGCCUUCCAUUGGCUUUGGUAGUAAUAGGAUCCAACAUGUUUGGAAAAAGUAUAGGAGAUUGGGAAUCUGCUCUAAAUGAGUAUGAAAAAAAUGGCAAUAAAAAGAUCCAAGAGAUACUUAAAGUAAGCUAUGAUGCUUUGGAGGGAAAAGAAAAGAGUGUUUUUCUUGACAUUGCUUGUUGCUUCAAAGGAUAUCCAUUGGAAAAUGUCCAAGAUAUUCUUAAUGCUCAUUAUGGUGAGGGUAUGAACUAUCAUGUUAAAGUGUUGGUUGAAAAGUCUCUCAUAAAAAUUGAUUUGUAUGGUAAGGUGACUCUACAUGACUUGAUAGAAGACAUGGGUAAAGAAAUUGUCCGACAGGAAUCACCAAAUAAUCCUGGGGAACGCAGUAGGUUAUGGUUCCAUAAAGAUAUUGUUGAUGUUUUAGAAGAAGAUAUGGGAACUAAUAAAAUUGGAAUCAUAUAUUGGAAACCCCCCCAUUUUGAUAAAGAAGUGGGAUGGAGUGGAAAGGCAUUUGCGAAGAUGAAAAACCUCAAGACACUUAUUAUUAGUGGUGGUUGUUUUUCAAAACCUCCGGAACAUCUUCCAAAUAGUUUAAGAAUACUGGAAUGGGAGGGAUAUCCUUCACAAUAUUUACCAUCUGAUUUUCAUCCAAAGAAACUUUUCAUAUGCAAAAUAUUUUAUAGUCGUUUUACGUCACCCGAGUCAUUGCAGAAGUGUGUGAAUAUUAGAGUUUUACGUUUUGACAGUUGUGGAGGUCUAACACAUAUACCUGAUGUAUCUGGUCUCCCACAUUUAGAAGAAUUGUCAUUUCACCUUUGUUGGAAAUUAACUACAAUUCAUGAUUCAGUUGGGUUAGUGGAUAAACUUAGAAUAUUGAAUUGUUCAUAUUGCACAAGGCUUCGAGCUUUUCCUCCCUUGAAGUUGACUUCUCUUGAAGAACUCGAUCUUGUGGGAUGCUCUAGACUUGAGAGUUUUCCAGAAAUAUUAGGAGAGAUGAAAAAUAUAAAAUAUCUUGACUUGUCUCAAACCCAUAUAAAAGAAUUGCCAUCUUCAUUUGAAAAUCUUACCGGGCUUCGAGAAUUACGUGCCACAGAUUGUGGAAUUGUUCAGUUACCAAGUAGCAUUGUCAAAAUGCGAGAACUGGCUGUGAUUGUGGGUAUGCGAUUGAACUUGGGUUCAUUGCCAAAAGUGGGCUCAAUGGUGUCUUCAAACAUAGAACGUCUUGAGCUCAAGUCGUGCAACGUGUCAGAUGAAUUUCUUGCAAUGGGUCUCACCUGGUUUGCUAAUGUGAAAUAUUUAAACCUAAGUGGGAAUAAAUUUACAAUUAUUCCUGAAUGCAUCAAAGAAUGUCACCUUUUAAGGAAGCUUAAUUUGGAUGAUUGCUGGAAACUUCGAGAAAUUAGAGGGAUUCCACCAAACUUAAAUCAUUUCUCUGCAGCAAAAUGCUCAUCCUUGACUUUCAAGUCUAUAAGCAAGUUACUGGAUCAGAAACUUCAUGAGGCUGGAAACACCAGGUUUUGUUUGCCUGGAAUUAUAGGGAUGCCAGAGUGGUUUGAGUCCAGCAACCGCAUGAGACGGCCAAUUUCAUUCUGGUUUCGUAACAAGUUCCCUGCCAUUGCUGCUCUGUGUUUUGGAAAUGACUGGAAUAAUGCAACCACCUUGAUCAUCAAUGGCAACAAAGGUUUCGAAACUGGUUGGCCUGACAACCAGCUAUGGGAUCAUACAUAUCUUUUUGGUAUGCAACCAGAAGAUCAUAUUAAGCUGGAUGAAGUGCCUUUAAAAAAUGAAUGGAACCGUGUGGAGGUUAAGUGUGAAUCACGAAUUGGAAUCCAUGUAUUCAAAGACAAAAAUAGCACGGAGGAUAUUCGAUUCACUAAUCCUGAUCUGAGUAGUAAUUACCUGAUUCUGAACGUGACGAAGGAUGGGUUGUGAGAUUUCGGGAAUUUGUGGGAUACUAUAUAGAGGAUCGGCAACUUGAAUCCUAUUCUGAGGAUGAUGGUUUUUACAGUGAAAAAGCAUAUGAUGAGGCCAAUACCCUGCGAGAUUCGGAACGAGACGGAGGAUUCAGAGGAGGAGAAGAAAAAGGCAUGGGAAGCACUGGAGAGGGAAGGAAUGGACAGGAGAAUUUUUGAACUACAAUUUGUGCAACAGCAACAUCAUAAAGGUUUAUUGUCACGCAUGAGGAAAUGGGCUUGUUUGGGAUAAACGUGUGGGUGUGUUUGAAAUAAAGGUAUUGUUGAUAUUAGACGUGCAAUUACGCUUGUAGUUGUUUUCCUUUCUUCCUGCUCCAGUAAUGCAAUUAGUUGGAUGAUAGAGUGAAUUAAGAUUCAUGUUCAACGGUAAAUUUUCUUGUAAUCUGCUAUAUGGAUGUGACUAAUUUUAGUUGCCGUAUACAUUGAUC